AUGCAUCGGGUCGCUCCGGGCUCCCGAAGAGGUUAUCGAACCCACAAAAGUGCAGAACUCACGGCAUUCCGGUCUUACCAAAGGACGCACGACCAAGCAGUUACCACCCUGGACUCCGCCAGCUCCGCAGGGGUUGCCAGUCAGCACAACAUCAUAUCAAGUUUGUCCAACCAAGUAUGCGUCUCCAACCCAGGGGGUGCAGUGACGAGGUCUGCCUUGACGGAUACUACUGGUCGCUCCCCCAACAUCAAGGUUAACAACGAUAACGGAGGAGCUGAGUUCGUCGAUGGAGAAGCUACUCACCCUUUCUCUUCCCCUCCUGCUUACGACGAAAUAUGCGACCCCACCAGGUAUCCAUCGGAUCCAUCUCCGGUGUCUGCCAACUCUCUACCACCUUCGUAUCCCAAUAUCCUCCCACCGGUAUACUCUCCCCCCAAGCAGAGGAAGAAGGCUCGUGUCAAGUACGUCUACGAUGAACAGCUGCUUAUCCAAGAUGCAAGCAGGAGGGCGGCGGAGCAACAUGCGAAGGAACAACAAGGUAUGAGACUCUUUGCUAUUAUUCCAAGUUUCAACAUCAAUGAUCUUCUUCCAUCGGGGAGGAGCGUGAGGGAAGGAGUCGGGGGCGUAUAUCGAGGGGACACGGAGAAACGUCGGCGUCGGCGUCGGCGUGUCUGUGCCCGGCCGGGCGACGGUCAGCAAGUACUCGGGCAGCAAGCAUGUAACAUGUACACAGAGUGUCGUAUGGACAGCGACACGACUGGGCUAAGCGCGCACACAGUUCACGGGGCAACAUGUGACAGGUCUGAUCGGUUUGAUCGGUCUCGUGCAGGGGUAGAUGUAUAA